UUGCAUGUGUGUGUGUGUGUGUGCGCGCACAGAGAAAGACAGAUAGGGGCGUGGAUGCCGAGUCAAACUCCCUACAAGUGAAUCACCCUGUUUUCAGUCCCCAGCUGGAGCGAGUCACAGCAGCAUCAGAGAGCUGGUUAAAACUACAACCAAACUAUUUGUGUUUUGGGUGAAGCGGGACUUUUUGACCACCUGUGAAUCAUGGAAGAAGACGCGUCCCACGCCGAGCCAAGCAGCGUCUCCGGGAGCGCACAAACCAUCCCGCAGCCCGAAAACCCGGAGCUUCUCAUCCCGAGCUUCACCCCAUCGUCUGCUCCGUCCUCCCCGACCCCGACCAGCACCCUUUCCCGACUGGGCUUAAAAAGCCCCACAAGCCCGAGCGGUGUCCUGCCCGGCAGCCCCGUCGACCGCGGCCAGGUGAGCGCCAUCACCGUGGUGGCGCUACUGGACAAGCUGGUGAACAUGCUGGAGGCGGUGCAGGAAAACCAGCAGCGGAUGGAGCAACGUCAGGCCGACCUGGAGGGCGCCGUGCGGGUCGUGCAAGGGGACGUGACCCGUCUGUCUAAAACCCACAUCUGCACCUCCAACAGCGUCAACAAGCUGCUCGAGCGCUCCCGCAAAGUCAACGGGAACCUGAAGGAUGUGCGGGAGCGCCUGGACAAACAGGCCGUCCAGGUGAAGAAGCUGGAGGCAAACCACAGCCACCUGCUGAAGAGGAACCAUUUUAAAGUGCUCAUCUUCCAGGAAGACAACGAAAUCCCCUCUAGCGUGUUCGUCAAAGACUCCCUCAGGACCCCACAACCAAGCCAGUAUGAUGCAGAAUCCACCCUGCCUACUCCCUCUGUUACGGGCUCUAUUGAUGGCAGCCGUGCCCAAGAGGAAGGUCUUCAGACCAUUAGUCUGUCCUCCAAUGAGGAUGAUUAUCUUGCAGCACACCCAGAGGGGGAUGAGAUGUUCGAGUGUGAUGAAUCUCUGGGUUUGGGCACUUCCCGCCAAUUUGAGAGAAGGGCCGACAAGUUCAAGCGCAACAGCCUGAAGAAGGUUGACAGUCUUAAAAAGGCCUUCUCACGCCAGAGCAUCGAGAAGAAGAUGACCCAGAUCACCACCAAGAUUGUGCCACCAGAGAAGCGUGAGAAAAUCAUGAAGAGCCUCACCCCUAACCAUCCUAAGAGCCCAACUUCCAAGAGCUCCUCUUUCAAGGUUUCUCCCAUGACCUUCAAUGUCAAGAAGGUCAGAGAUGGAGAGGUCCCUACACAAGAUAUGAGCUCACCUGCGGAAGAAGCCCAUGUGGAGAUUCCUGUUCUUGGAGGCUUAGAUGGAGAAAUUCCUUUGGCAGAGGUGCAUACAGAGGAAGGUGUUUUCCAGGAGAUUCAGGAUGUGGUUAGUCCCUCCACCACAGAGAGCCUGAAGGCGGAGCUGGCAAUCAAUGGGGAGCCACCAAGCAUUGAGUGUGAGAUAAAUGGUGAUCGUUGUGCUGGCCUGGCAGUUCCUGAAAAUGAUGAAGAUGUUGGCGAGGAGGAGGAAGAAGAAGAGGAGGAAGAAGAGAAAGAGCAAAACAAAAGUCCUGUUGAGACAGCAACAGAAACCCAGAUUCCCGCUGCAACAAUUGCUGUAGAGCAGGCGUCUUAAUAUGAUUUAAUUUUAGUGAGCAUCAAUUCUAGUUUCCCAUUCUUUCUUUUUUUCCUAAAGUUCCUACAUUUAUGAACACCCAGCAGGCACAAAUUAUCCCUCCAUUGUUAACUUGUCUUGUGUUCUUGUCAUCAACACCUACUGUAUACACACUAGAAACAUGUUCUCGACUUCCUAAGGUAGUCCAUCCUUGGACUAUACCUGCAACAGUAUCGUUGAUUAUCACCAGCAUAGUCUAAAAGCCUUAACACAAACUGCCUUAGCAUCUUGACCUCACAGUGCAAGUGCUUCCUAAACCCCAUAGCAGUCUUGUCCAAAGAAAGCAACAUUGCAGUAAUGCACCAUAACUCACUCCCAUCUAGUGGUGCCCACCUCUUCAAUAGAGAAGCACAUCUCCAGGGCGUUGGGCCAACUAUCUCCCUCCUGCCGUGUUUGUCUGCCUCUGGAGCUCUUUCCCUCACUGACAGAUAGCCUCUUUGUUCUUUGUGAAAAAUAGUAAAUCUUAACAACAGUGGUACUGCCCACAGCCUGUUGAGGCACCAUGUUGCCAGGUUGUGCAAGAGUUGGAAUGGGGAGUUCCUGGAUUUUUAGUGAAAAGGUCCUGGCGUGUUUUGUAGUGACCUUGAGGUUGUUUACUGAAUUCUUUGGACCUGUGCCGAAAAAUCCCAGAUCUUAACUAACAGGUGCCCCUACUUAGUACAAGUGGAGCUGUCUUGUCUCAUGUCCUUCACCUGCACUUGUCAAAUUGUUGUUGUUACUUCUAUAGAGACAUCCAAUCCACCAUUUCCGACUUUAUCAUUGCUGACCCACCUAGAACACCAGAUGACUUAUACGUGGUAUAUUAAAAUAUUUUAGUCAUUUCAGAUCGCCAACUGAGUAAAAAUAAACUUCCAGAUGAAGAGAGAUGUUGAAAAUUAGAAUAGACAUAAUUUAAAAUAAUCUAAAUGUUCUUGAGAUAAAAGAUAAAAUUAUUUGUAAAUACCAGUUCACAUUAGUGCUUAGUCACAAUGAUACAAAUGAAGGACAGCUGUAGGAUGGACGCUGCUCUACAUGGUAAGAAAACAGGUUGUAACACUAACAUACUUAAUGUGCCUUUUGCAGACCUUUUGUAUUUUCUGCUGGGCAACUUUGUAUGUUUAUGUAUAGUAUAGAAAUUAUUUUGGGAGGCACGUUACUCUAGGUAUAUUCGUCUUACACACCAUAACAUAGUAACUCAAUGAUAACUGCCUUGAGAGUGUGUACUUCAUACAGUAAAAGUUGAAUGUGUGUUACUUGGGUGGUUGUACGUUUUUCUUUCAGGCAAUUAUAACCUGCAUGGUGAAAUGUUUACUCAGUUUGAUAUGUUUAAGACAUGAGCACUAUCUUAUACAACUGCCAAGGCACCAUCACCCCUCCUUCUAUAUAUAUGCACACACAUACUCCUACAGUGCCUUUACCUUGCACAAGCUGGUAUUCGUAAUUGCUCUCCUGAGGGGAUGGAUUCCUAUCUUUUUGUAGAUAGGAGAAAGACAGUAAAAUAUUGAUCUCUCUCUCUCUCUCUCUCUCUCUCUCUCUCUCUCUCUCUCUCUCUCUCUCUCUCUCUCUCUCUCCCCCCUGAGGAAUACCUUUUGGCUUUCAAUUCAUGGGGUGUGGUCAAAGUUUGAUGCCACCUAUAUAAAGACUGAGAAAAGUUUUAAGUUUAAAGGAGGUGCAAAUACAUUCACACUCCACUUCAUAUUUUGGAGGUCAUGCCUGAAAGUUUCUAUAAAGUGACCUUCCUCUUGUUGCACAUUGUUAGUACUUUACCAGCCUAGGUUACAGAUGUCCAGUGCCAUGACUCCCCAAAAAUAAUUUAGCAAGUGAUACCAGGUGCCAAGGAUCCAGAUACUAGAGAGGUCACAGAAGUGGAUUAAGGCAGAGGACAGCAUUCCUAGCUUUGACGGAUGACUCCUGCUCAGCCCAUUUUUCAUGCUCUUGGCCUCCUUGUUGAAACGGUGCAAAGAGAGGAAGAGGCUCUCUCAAGCCACAGGUGUUCUGCCCCUAUGGAGGCUCCUGGGCAUGAGCUUGUGGUGGAAGUCGGACAGGUGUGGGUGUUGGAAAGUGUUGGAAAAGACUUCAGUUGUUGGAAAGUAAGAUAAAGUUGCCUUUGGGUUAGGCAUAUGCUCAGCUUGGCAGAAAGGUGUUGAAAUUGUGGGCAUCUGAAAUGCAUUAGAGAACAGGAACUCUUGUAGGUGGUAUAUGAUUAGAUGACCUUUACACCAUUACAUUAAUUAUACUUCCUCUAGAAUAACAUGGAGCAUGGGAUUCUUAACUUCUUUAAGUCAAAAUAUGGUAUCCCAAAUAGUCUGAACUAUGCAAGAAAAUGAUUAUCAUAUUUCAUUGAAGCCUGGGAAACACAGGAGAAAAGCAGUACACUUUUAAAUAGCUGUAACAAUAGUUCAUUUAAAGCCUUUAAAAUGCUUCAUGCCUUACAAAACCUAACGAAUGAUUUUCAAUAUAUUGUUACCUGUGUUUAUUAAAUGUUCUUAGUAUUUCUGAGGAUAUUUUUCCUGUCUUAUAAAUCAUCUAUAUGAAAAGGGAUCGAACACUAGGCUUAAGUGUGCAUUCUGUGUAAUGUAGAGGUUCAAAUGUGACUGGCUUUGAGGUAUUUUCUGCUUAUUCAUGCAAAUGUUUACUUUGGUGAUAUCUCUGUCUGCUAAUGUUAAAUGUAAACUCUAGAUUUGUGUAUGUGUGUAAAAGUCUGUUUGUGUUUGUCUUGAAAUCUGUUUAAUUAUGGAUCAUAUGUAAGAACUGUGUUUUUUUGUUAGAAACACCAGAUAUCUACAGCAUUAUUGGGUAGUGAUAUUGUGUUUAACGUCAUCUUUGUUAAUACAAAGUUCUUACUUUACGGCCUGUUCAUUUAGUUAAUCACUUAAACCAAAGAAGUUUCCCUCACGGCUGAAGAUUCCCUGCCACUUGAGUGUUUAAAUGUACUUCUCCUGACACUUGUUUCAAGCAUCUUGUAAACAUUCAGGCAUUUCCUUUCAAAAUCUAGUAUUGUAUACAUCAAUAAAAAAAAUAUAACAUUCA